AUGGCGAAGCACCCGUGGGAUGCGGAAGAGAUCAUCAGCGUCCUUUCCCUAGGGGAUUAUACCGAGGCGCUCGCGUUCUACUCGGAGGGGCAAGCGCCGGCGAAGUUCAUCGCGGCAAGUUUCGACUACGACUUCAAGUAUGUCUUGACGGUGCAUCACAUUGCGCUGAUUAUCAUCGUCUUCGUCACCGCGAUUUCUACGGUCAUUGCCCCCAUGAUAUAUUAUAUCAUUUCACAUGACACUGAAAAAACGGAAGUCAAGGAGGAAGAAUGGUAUCAAUCGGGUGAGGAUGAAAACGAAGUGCCUAUCGUUUCAAACAAUAAUUUUAGUUUGGACCACCCCAAUAACAAGACGAGCGUGCCCCAUCCAGGUGCUGUUGGCAAGCAGCAGCACACCGAGAGAAUUGACAACCCACUUGCAAUUACGUGCGAUACAACACCCGAUGUAAGUCUGGGGAGUGUACAUGCAUUUUGA